UAUUGUCGUGAUCACACACAAAAAACACAACGCACGGACAAUCCUAACCAUCAUUUCUUUAGGUCGGCCCUGUAAGGCCGUAACAUUUCUACAGUAACACUCAUCUUCUCUUCACGAAUCACGACCGUUCUCUCCCUUUCCUUUUUAUUUAUUUUAAUUAGUUUUUCACCUGAUACACAUAAUUAUCAAUCACGAUCAUAUAAGUAAUUUCGAUUGCUCUGUAUUAAUUUUCUAGUUGUGUAAUGAGCUUAGGGUUUUUAAUUUGUUGUAGCUGAUUCGAAAACGGCGAUGCUUCAGGCAUCAAUUUUUUCUGCGGUAUAUUGGGUCGAUUAAUUGGUUAAUUCAACUAGGGUUUUUAGCUUUGGUUAUGGCAGAAGCUUCGAAAGCGCGUGUUACUAUUACUCUUGGACGUAGUGGCCAGGUGGUGAAAAGGUCUGGACUUGUGUCAGAUGUUGGUUUUUCUGAUUCCCUGCCUGCUGCUGGAAGUAAGCGGUCCAUAAGGGAUAGAUUAGGAAGUAAUUCAGAUAGUUCCCAAGUCAACCACAAAAGACAAAGAGGGGAUAGUUCUAUUUCAAGUUUGACUAGUAAUGGUGUUGAUGAUGUUUCCAUUGGCAAAAAUGACCUUCGAUUCAAACUCAUGCAAAAAAAUGUUGUUAGACAAGCUCGGAGUGAUGAUGAUCGGAAAUUCAUGGACCUUCGUGAAAAACUGUCAAGGACCAGCCAGCCCCCGCUCAGUAAACUUGAUUCAAGGCAGCGCAUGCCUGAGUCAAAAGAAUCCAGUAUCCUGGGGAGAAUUCCUCUUACAAGAAGUGCAGAAGAUUUGCCCCAGAUGAGCUCAUCUAGAAAUUCUUAUUCUGCUUGGACUUUGGAUCAUAUAAGACGAAGAUCACCGGAGAGAAUUUUUGGUUCCACUAGGGGUCUAUCCCCCCCAAGGAAUGUGGAGCAUCUACAGAGAAGGCCAUUAAGCAGGACGUAUGAUGAUGUGCGAACAGUUCCAUAUAUGAGCAAAGAUGUUCAUAAUGCUCCAAGGCCUGUCAGUUCUGCACCUUACAUGACUAAACCUGCAUUGCCUUCUGGAUCUGCUAAACCGGUACCACCGGUCCCGCAGCUUCUAGGCCAACUGCCCUCGUCUACUGGGCCAAAAAGUUCAUACAUGGGUGAAGAACAACAAACAGUUGAUGGUUUGUUACAUUCACUGGGAUUGGGAAAAUAUGCCAUCCUUUUUAAGGCUGAGGAAGUGGAUAUGACUGCACUGAAGCAGAUGGGGGAAAAUGACCUCAAAGAGCUGGGAAUACCUAUGGGGCCUAGAAAAAAAAUCCUCCUUGCUCUAUUGCCUCGCUCCAAGCGACAACCGUAACAGUUACACAUGAAGAGCAAGGCUUUAUUGUGAUCCUGAGUGCUUUUUCUUAUUGGGAGUUCCAAUGGAAGAAGUUUUGUGUUAAAGUAAUAUCUUGUAUUCUCUCAUUUUAUAUAGAUAUGGCUCGUCAAACAGUUAUAGCAUUUUUGCCUUAACUCAAUCCAUUGAUAUUAAUUGAUGAUAAUUGCGAGAAAUUUUGAGGUGUAGAAUAUCUUUCCUUCAUUAUCUUCUACACCGGAAAAUUGUUUUGAUUUCAUUCUCAUAUAACUGGUGACAGUUGUUUCCACUUGGAAUAUUUUAGAAUUGGUUUGUGA